GGAGACCUUUUUGGAGACAUGAAUCUCCAAAAGGAACGUGCAAGGGAACUGGGUGUGGAGAGUGCAGCUGAAUGAGGCACAACUGUGAGCAGCGAGAAAAUGAUGACCCCCGUGAAUCUGAUUUCUUUGACGGCUCCACCCUUUCCAGCAAUGCAGAAGUGAACCUGAAAGCAGAAUCGCUCUGCCCGUUCAUCCUCAAGCGGCGCCUUGCGCAAAAGUGCCUUACGACCGGGGAUCAUGGCUUCCAGCCUGGUGGACGAUCUGGUGUGCUCCGUCUGCCUCUCCCUCUUCCGCGAUCCCCACGUACUGGAUUGCGGCCACAACUUCUGCCUGGGUUGCCUGAAGAGCUGCGCUCGCGAUGGCUGGGGCAGAGGGAUUUGCCCGGAGUGCCGCUGCCCUUUCAGACUGCGGGAGGUCAGGCGCCACAGGGUUCUGGACAACCUCGCGGAAAAAGCGCGCAAGCUCCAGCUGGACGAGGAGCCCCAGGCAAGGGCCAGCUCGGCGGGCUCCUGCGAGGAGCACGAGGAGCCGCUCAAGCUCUUCUGUCGCCAGGAUCGCGUCCCCAUCUGCGUGAUCUGCCGGGAUCAGCCCGCGCAUCGGGGCCACGAGUUCCUGCCGACCAAAGAUGCUGUGAAAUGCGCGCAGGUCAGUGGCAAGAUUUCUGCUUUGGGGUUGGGUGGGCUGCGGGGAGCGGUGGGUGAUCAUCAUGUGAGGACAGCCUUACAAAACCACAGGCUCGGUUUGACCUCGUUCAGCCCAGGCAGGCAAAGUGAUUUGCAAGGGAUGUUGGCUCAGAAAAAUCAGACCAGGAAUUCACAACCGCGCAGGUCUGCUAAGGAUUCUAACAGGCUUUGAAAACGUAGUUUUUGCGCUGCUUCAGAGCUGCGACAGCUUCACUGCUGCUUAACUGGAUCGUGUUAGGGUAGUCCUUUUUUUAUAUAUAAAAAAGGUACAUAUAAAAGUACAUAUAAAAAGUACGUAUAAAAUAAAUUUUAUUAUAAAAAUCCAAUAUAAGCCACAUUUUAUCAAUACCAAAUUACAAUUAAAAUAUCAAUCAAUUAAAAAGCCAAUUACACAUUUUACAUGGAAACCCCCCCCCCCCCGCUAAAUUUCAAGGAAUGAUAGUUUCAUUUACAGUCAUAGCACGGGUUACAGACGCUUCAGGUUGCAUUUUUUCGUACUGGAACAGCUUACUUCCGGGUUUCGGCAGUCGCGCAUGCGCAGGAGGGUUAAAUCACGCUUUGCGCAUGCCCAGAAGCGCUGGAUUGCAACCCGCGCGUGCGCAGAAGCGCCGCUGCAUGUUGCAAACAUGCAUCCCACACGGAUCACGUUCACAACCUGAGCGUCCACUGUAAUUCUGCUUCAUUUCAGUCUUAAUCAUAAUCCUUUAUACUGAGGGAAAAAUUAAGUAACCCUUCUCUAAGAAGAGGGACGUGGGUGGUGCUGUGGGUUAAACCACAGAGCCUAGGACUUGCUGAUCAGAAGGUCGGCGGUUCAAAUCCCCGCCACAGUGUGAGCUCCCGUUGCUCGGUCCCUGCUCCUGCCAACCUAGCAGUUCGAAAGCAUGUCAAAGUGCAAGUAGAUAAAUAGGUACCGCUCCAGUGGGAAGGUAAACGGCAUUUCCGUGUGGUGCUCUGGUUCACCAGAAGCGGCUUAGUCAUGCUGGCCACAUGACCCGGAAGCUGUACGCCGGCUCCCUCGGCCAAUAAAGAGAGAUGAGCGCCGCAACCCCAGAUUUGGCCAUGACUGGACCUAAUGGUCAGGGGUCCUUUACCUUUACUGCUCUAAGAAGAGCAGAAGAUAUUGUAAGAGCCACCCCAACUCAUGGUGGGUGAGUCACCAGGGUUGGGCUAACUCAAGUUAGCAGAAUAGUGCAGGAAUUAGGAACUGAGGACUGAAGAAAAUCUGCUUGCCUCAGCAGUCCUUGACACCAAAAAGCAGUCUGAACAUCUGCAGGCUGAAGCCACAAGACAACGCCUUCUUGCCUCAUCAGAAAUUGCAGAAGUCAGCAGAAAGGGAAGGGAGACUGUCGUCUGCUUGCUUGCAAAAUUGUGUGAUCACACUCUGCACAUGCUCUGGUGCCAUGGAGGUUUGUUUGUGACAUGGUAUCAAAAGCAGCUCCAAUCUGAGUUCAGGGCCCAGCCUUUGAGAGUUAUCUCGCUGAAGCCAGCUGCGCGGCUUAAUAAAACAAGACUUUUCUCAAAGAACCCGUGUCUGCCUCAUUGACUGGGGAAAAACCUGCAACAAUGCAACAGCUACAACGUUUUUAACUUCCAUUCAUAUUAAUACAUUUAAUAAUUUAUAUUUCUGCAAGUGAAGUUCUGUGUCCUUUAUUAUUUCUGUGCGUGAUAUUUAUUUUAGAUUUGUGUUCCUUUGUUUUGUACAUAUUGUUUCUUGUUUGUCCUUAUAAAACUUUAUAUCCAGCGCUUUUUUUUCCUGGGGGGGACGCAGGGGUAUGCAUACCUCUAAACAGUUUGUGAAUCUUUGUACUUUUGUCCAUUUGCUUUAGUUAUUUUCCCCUGAUUUGAACUAUAAAAUGAUGAUUUUCUUGAGUCAAAAUGAGACUAUCCCUAAACAUUUUUCAAGGGGGGGAAAGCACUGAUUAUCAUAUUUUUUGCUCUAUAAGACUCACUUUUUCCCUCCUAAAAAGUAAGGGGAAAUGUCUGUGCGUCUUAUGGAGCGAGUGCAGGCUGCGCAGCUAUCCCAGAAGCCAGAACAGCAAGAGGGAUCGCCGCUUUUGCUGCGCAGCGAUCCCUCUUGUUGUUCUGGCUUCUGAGAUUCAGAAUAUUUUUUUUCUUGUUUUCCUCCUCCAAAAACUAGGUGCGUCUUAUGGUCUGGUGCUCCUAGCCUUGGCCCCACCUGGCGGAGCUAAGCAGCAGUUCCACCUGGCCACAUAUUCCUCCUUGCUUCUGAAGCCUUCCUUCCUUCUUAACCUCUGUUGAUUUCUCUGCUGCACAGAUGGAGCUGAAGCCAUACCUAAAGCCUCUGAAGGAGCGUCUAAAGGAGGCCAAAGAGGAGAAAAUACACCAGAAGGAGGCAAUUGGAGAGCUAAAGGUAAAGGAAAAGCAGUAAGGGAUUGUGGAACUCCGCUUCCCCACACUUUUUGUGGUUUAAAGAGCAUGCAUUAAUGUCCUUGUUUAUACCCCGCCCUUGAAAUUCACUGUUGCCUACAAUAAAGUAUAGAAAGCACAAUAGAACAACUAAUGCAUUACAAUUGUUUGUUUGUUUGUUUGUUUGUUUGUUUGUUUAUACCCUGCCCACUCUGGGUGGCUCAGACCAGAGUAUUAAAAACACGAUAAAAGAUCAAACAUUAAAAACUUCCCUAAACAGGGCUGCCUUCAGAUGUCUUCUAAAAGUCAGAUAGUUGUUUAUUUAUUUGACAUCUGAUGGCAUGGCCACCACCGAGAAGGCCCUCUGACUGGUUCCAUGUAGCUUCACUUCUUGCAGUGUGGGAACCGCCAGAAGGCCCUCAAUGCUGGACCUCUGUGUCCGGGCUGGAUGAUGGGGGUGGAGACACUCCUUCAGGUAUACUGGGCCGAGGCCAUUUGGGGCCUUAAAGGUCAGCACCAACACUUUGAAUUGUGUUCGGAAAUAAGCCAAAAACAAACAAACCUGAAAUCUGUGAAGACAACCUGAAAAUGGUAUCGAAAGAGUGCAGGUGAAGCAGAUCAGCAUAAGCUUGGCCUGGGAAAUUUUAAAAAAGGUCUUCAUCUGGCACUGGAAAGACACUGGACUCUAGGUGCCAGGACCAGGCAAGCUUUUGUGGGGAAGUGUGUCAAAGCCAGGGCACCACCACUGAAAAGGCCCUGUCCCUGAUAAUCACAAGGUGCCCUGAUCUCAGGCUAUGAAGGUUAAAUUUCCGUUUUUAUGUUUCAUAAUAUCCAGGCACAAGUUCUCCUGAGUAAUACCGCCAGAUGGGCGGGGUAUAAAUUAAUUAUUAUCAUCAUCAUCAUUAUUAUUACUUUCCAUAGGAACUUUUCUAAUUCAAAAUCUUCUUGAUGGGACAAAUCACCCUUUCGUUAUGUUUGAUUUUUGUUGCCUUGAAUGCGUAUCUGCUUUGUUUCUCGCUAAAACUAAAAAUGAAAUUAAUUCGUUUGUGUGUGUGUGUUUUUCUCCCCACCACUUGCAGAGUUGUACUGAAGAUAUCAUAAAUCACAUUUCCACAGGAUUUGAAUCCCUUCACCAGAUCUUGGAUGAGAAGGAGAAGGCUAUUAUGAAGACUGUCCAGGAGAAAAGGAAGAAGAACUUGGAGGAAAUGCAAAAUGCCUUUUCAUGCCUGAAAAACGACAUUUCUUCCCUGACUGAGAUUAUUAACAAGGUUAAAGCAGCGUUAGAAAGUACAGACCACGUGGCCUUUCUGAAGGUGAGACCAGCUCCGAUCAGAGGCAUACCUGCAAAACACCAUGCGGUCCAGUGGAUGUGUGUGGUGAUGUAGGACUGAAAGUUCUUGGCCAAAUAACAAUAUUUGAUUCAAUUUGGCUGGACUAGAUCAGAUUUAAUAUGGCUGCAGUUCCCAGAAUUCAUUGGGAAGAGGGGUUGAUUGUGCUUUGUGCUACUUUGUGAGGGGAAUAGGAGACUCUUAACAACUCUUCCAACUCGGGUGUUGGGCUCCAUCCACAACAGCACUGUGGGUGGGAUUCAAUGAAUGAGUCCCACUCCUGGAAGCCCGGGACGCGGGUGGCGCUGUGGGUUAAACCACAGAGCCUAGGACUUGCCGAUCAGAAGGCUGUUGGUUCGAAUCCCCACAAUGGGGUGAGCUCCUGUUGCUCGGUCCCUGCUCCUGCCAACCUAGCAGUUCAAAAGCACGUCAAAGUGCAAGUAGAUAAAUAGGUACCGCUCCAGCAGGAAGGUAAACGGCAUUUCCGUGCGCUGCUCUGGUUUGCCAGAAGCAGCUUAGUCAUGCUGGCAACAUGACCCAGAAGCUUUACGCCAGCUCCCUCGGCCAGUAAAGUGAGAGGAGCACCGCAACCCCAGAGUCAUCCGCAACUGGACCUAAUGGUCAGGGGUCCCUUUACCUUUACCUGGAAGCUCAGAUAAGGACUCUUGCUGGUGCAAGAGGGCUUUCUCCCAUGCGCCCUCUAAAAAUGACUUGGGUGGUCAGGGGGAACCCCGGAAUAGCACAUGGGAGAAGGGGAGGGCAGAUCGUUCAUCUGUCACGCUAAAAUGCUUGCGCUGACGGAACUGUCGCCUUAGCGCAAUGUUGAAUUCUUCCUUGUGCCUAUCUGUUUGCUAGUGCCAAAAUUGUUUGGCUCCUUGAGAGCGAAGCGGGGGGUGGGGAGGCAGAAGGAAACCUCUUGGAGGGUGGCUGAGGCCCACACACUGAGAUUAGAUAUAAGUACAGGAGUCCCAGAUCAUGAAGGUCAAAAAUCAGCCCUUUGAACUGAGUCCAGAAACCGAAUGGAAGCCAGAGAAGGCAAGAGAAUGAGGUGCUUAUACCAUCCGAACGCAGCAGACAUGCUUGUCCUCACAUUCCAGUUGUUUCCAGACCACCUUUAAGGGCAUGUCCACGUAUGAGGCACUUGACUACAGUAACCCAAACAGGAUGUCGCCAAACCCUGGAUCACUUCUUGCCAAACCGUGAGGAGUUCCUUGCAAAAACCAGGGUCUCUUUUUAACCAUUUUCAGUUUAUGCUUUUUUUGCCAGUUAGAUGUUGUUUGAGGAAAUUAAAACAAUAGCCAUAUUUUAUGGUGGUGGUGGUGACCUGGCUGCCACAUUUAUUUCUUAAUUAUUUUCUUUAGAGCACUUGUACCCUGCUCUUCAGCCAAGAAGGCUGCCAGAGGAGUUUACAUAGUCAAAACAAAACUGUCCCUACCCACAACACACAAGGAAAAAGGGAUAGGGAGGGAAGAGGAGAAUAAAAAGCAAAACGCAGGCGCCUAUUUCCAAACGGUUGUUCCUAUAAUGACCAGCUGGCACAGUUCCGGGGCAGGAGAUUCCGGGUGGAGCUGGGCUUCCAGCAAAUCUUCCAAUGUCUCCUGCUGAGGCAGUCUGAUCAAACAGCUGCUCCCAGAUGACAUCUGAAGCGAGAGGAAGCCCUUUCUAGUCAUUCUUUCAAAUUGACUGUGAAGACGCUGUAAUCAAUACACUAAACUUGUUUAUCUUUCAUGUAGGACUUCCAGGAGCUGAUGAAGCAGUAAGUGUCUGGAAUUCAUUCUUGUGUGGCACCUCUGUAGUUCCCUUCUUUGACAUCCCUUGUGUCCUUGGUUUCACCUGGUGGCAGGUGUGGGUGUGUGGCUUUUUCAGCCCAAGAGCAACAUUCAUUUUGGGGCAACCGUCUGUGGCCACAUCCCAGUGACAGGCAGAGCCAGAGGCAAAAUCAGACAGGGCAGAAAUAAAUGCAAAAUGACCUCCAGGGCUGAGGUUUCCCACCUCUGGUUUGGCCCCUUAGUCCUCAUCCCCAACUGAAUGCAGCUCAGUUUUUUAAAAAGACCAUUUUCCUGCAUUCACAUUACUCUCCCAUCUACAUAGUCUAUUGGGCGGAAUCAUUGCUUUUCCACAAUCGGGUGGGCAUGAAAUUAAAAUGGCGGCUCCAUGCAGCACUUAACAUAGCUCUAACAUAAUGUCAAGUACCUUCCACGUGGCCAAAAUCCUCCUUUCAUAUUUAUUCUGAUGGAACACCUGUCAAGCCACAAACGUUGAUCUUCCAGGUUGCUCUGGCUUAGUUGAAAAAUGUGGUUUCUCUUUGAAAGUUAGUGGCCUCUCCCACCAGUUGUAGGACUUGCCACAGAUCAGCCUGGCCUCAUUUUUUGGGCGGGGGGCAACAUCCUGUUAGGAGCAACAAGCAGGGGCAGUGGGGCAGAUCAUCCUUUCCCAGUAAACAGGCGCUUCUUGUUUUCUCAGAGCCAAAGACUCAAUAGAGGAGGAGGAAAACAAAGAUGACAAGAAUGCAGCUGAAGAGAAAGAUCAGAAGGCUGAUGAAGAACAGGGUGAACAGGGUGAAAGUAGUGAAAGUAGUGAAGAGAAGGAGGAGGAUUCUGGAGACAAUGAGAAAAAUGUGGUGCCAGUGUUUUCAUCUCUCAAGAAAUUCAAAGUGGCAUUGGAUUUUGAAGCUUGGGGGAAACUGUUGCAAGGUAUCGAACCCCAGGAAGAGAACUGAUCUUACUCUGCAUUUUCACACUACAGAGUGUACCGUUUUCUCACUCUGCCUUUACGCAUUAUACUCAGAGGGAGGGAGAUGUACCAUACUGCAUAGGGCAGCAUAAGGGAGAGGGUGUCCCAGCUGUGUAUUUAGAGGGGGAAAGACUUUGUGUGGUUUUUAAACAUAUUUUUUAUUAGUUUUCCAUUUAAUAAUAUAUAAUCACAUCAUUGCUAUCCACUUUACCUCUCCGGCUCUUUUGAGCCUAUAGACUUCCUUCCCUCCCAGCUCACGGCUUUCAAAGUAAACCUUUAUAUCAUUGCAUUUUAUACAUUUCCCAGUUCCGAUUAGCUCAUUACAAAAGUCGAAAAUUGUUGUU